AUGACUGUUUCGGAAGACGGCAGGGUGGAGAUCUCGCCGGUGGGGCCGGAGGCGGCAAACGUUCAAAGAAGACUCAACGAAGCCAAGGCAAGGAACGAUCCAGAGUUGCAAAGCUGCUUGGAGUUCUUGCUGAAUGAGCUGGCCACGAUGAGCCCGGACAAUUUGAAAUCCUUGGAGAAUUUUGCGCUCAAGCAGAAGCAGUGCCAGGAGAGGCUGAAGUUCAAUGGCGCAGUAGGACUGGUGGGUGGUGACCCCUGUGACCUGCGGGACCGUUCGCAAAAGCUGAUGGAUGAGCAUUUCGACAACCUGAGCACCGCUGAUCUUAAGGAGGAAGUUACGAUGUGCUUGAAGGCAGCUUUGGGGCAGAACUUCCUUGACGAAAAUCAGCUCCCGUCGACUGAUACUGUUGACACGUUCCUUGACGCUGCAGGGUUCUUUGACAAGAUCGAAAAUGGAGGCCUGUACUUUCUGUACUACGCUGGCCAUGGUUUCGAAGUCAACGGCGAGUUCUAUUUUGUUCCGGGAAAGCCGAAAACCAUCCAGAGUUGUGUGAAAUUGAGCGAUGUUCUCGAACAGUUCAAGCGGUUCUACGGUUGCACCUUCGUCAUUUGUAUCAACGCCUGCCGCAGUGGUCUCGUGGGUGAUUUCAAAGACUCGCUUUGCAACACGUUCGUGAACAAGCCUGGCAGUUGUGUGUCUUUCAACAACUAUGUUCUCAUGUUUCCCACAGCUUCCGGCGUGCCAGCUGUUGAAGCUGAUAACUCAGAUACAGGCAAUGCCCGGACUUUUGCAGAAAUCGUACGAGAGCUGCUUCCUACGUUGACGACCAAAGACCCCGCAGCGCUGCUGGUAGCUCUGAACGGCUUUGCCCAGAGGUUCAAGGAGGAAGAGCAGGACAACCCUGCCUUGUAUUUCUACCCCUCAGCUCAUGGUAAGCCACCUACCACUGGCUACACAGAGUUGUGGGGUUUGUGGUAUCAAGUCGAGAAGGACAUUCAACAGACUGUGCCUUACGGGACAGUCCAAAUUCCCGACCACCGCAAGGACCACCGCCGUCGUGUGAAUCGCAUGACUGCUGGUUUGGCGGUGGAGCUUCCACGCCCGGGUAGAAAGCCGCCGGUGUGCAUCAUCCUCGGCCAUACCCGAGGUUUGGGCUACAAGGAUUACGUCGCUCGGUUCAUCACAUCUGGCAUGAGUGCCAACUACCUAAUCACGACUGAGGGGCAGCCGUACAUGCUGGUGGCAGAAGAGCUCAUGGCAUGGGACUACAACUUGGCAUAUUGGGGUGGGUCGGGCUUCGAUAUGGGCGAAGGCUUCUUGGAAAGCAGAGGUAGACUCAACGAGUUGAAAACAUAUUCGAUCUCCAUUGCGAUGGAGCUGGGGCACCAAAAGGAAUCACGGAGGCCCAGUACCAGGCCCUAA